UCGCCCCCCAACAACAACAAGCAAGCAACAGACAGGGAUGAGUGGCAGCAGUCGCCGUGUGCAGAGUGCUAGAUCGAACUUCAACGAUCUGGCGAUUGACUGCACACCACCAUCGCCCUCAGAGCGACAGCGUGACCUACUCAAUCAAUAUGCCACAGGAGGUCGGCCGCAGCCUCAACCUCAACAACUGCAGCAACAGCAUCACCAACAGUCGUCCAUCCCUUCCCAAGUGCGAGGCACCAUCGACGUUGGCGCUGCGUUGUCCUUCAUGAGCGACAGUUCCACUGCAACCUCAUAUGAGCCGACGAUUCGCCCAAAGUCUGAGCGCCGCAUUCCGUCCGCCAGGAGCCGACAGGAUCGCUUUCGUGCGCCGGAAAUGCAUCUCAUGUACACACGCACGGACGAGGAGCGGCUGGCCGACCCAGACAGAAUCAACCUGGACAACAGAUCUCUCGACCGCUGCCCCUACAUCCGCAACGAGCCGAGCCUUCGUCUCCUCAACCUCCAACACAAUUCCAUCACCGCCAUCGCCAACCUGGACCACCUCGAGAAUUUAAUAUUUCUCGACAUGUACGACAACAGAAUACAGCGCAUCUCUGGGCUGGAGCGCCUUCGCUCGUUGCGCGUGCUCAUGCUCGGGCGAAACUCAAUCUCAUCGCUCGCCGGCAUCGAAGCGCUUGUGCAUCUUGAUGUUCUGGAUCUGCACGGAAACGCCAUCACGACAACGGCCGGCAUCGCGCAUCUCCGCUCUCUCCGCGUCCUUAAUCUCGCAUCAAAUCUCAUCAAGGAUAUGUCUCCGCUUGCCGGUCUCGCAUCUCUUGUCGAACUCAACAUCAGCAGGAACCAGAUCCAGCACUGCAUUGAUCUGGUGCACUCGGCGCCGCACUUGCAACGCCUCUUCCUCAGCGACAACCUCCUCCGCUCAACAAAGGGCAUCGUCGGGCACGGCGCCAUCGCGGAGCUGUCGCUCGACGGCAACGCAGAGGUGACGGGCGCACAAAUGUACAGGGAGCAGGCGGUGACGGCACUGCCAUCGCUGCGACUGCUGGACAACAAACGCGUCUCCGACGAGGAGAGACGCAUGGCGGGAAUCAACGUCCGCAAGAUGGAGGACAAGAAAGCGCAAGAGGAAGAAGUGCGACGGCGAGCGGUUGAGAGAGAUGCGGCGAUUGAACACGCGCAAGAAAAGUGGCGGGAAUACACCCGUAGUAUCAGGUGGGUGAGAUGA